AUGGCCGGCUCAGCAAUGGAGGUGGAGGAUUGUGAGGCGAGCGAAACUUUGAUCCUCGCAACCGAGGAGCUACCCAGCUCCCCUGCCGGCCAGCUGGGCCAAGCGCUUUGGCGGCGCCGAGUCCCUCUGGUGCUUGCGCUCCUGAGUGCGCUGGUGGCGCUGACUGGGCUACUGACCCGUACAAAGCCACAGGUCUUGGGAGGCGCAGUGGUGCUGCCACCUUCGGCGGUUGCCGGGGAUGGCACGCUGCCGCUGCUGGGUCUGGCACACGUGAGUGAGGGUGCAGUGGACGUGUUGUGCGUGAUUGACAUCAGUCAGAUGGUGGCGCGAAUCAACCUGAUGGGCCUCAUUAUCCCUGUCGCGAGUGAGGUCUGUGACUACGACCGAAUUCGCCGGCGGGGAGGCGUCGUCGACAAGGAGGCGGAACAGCAUUGUGCCAACUUCAUUUUGCUGAACGUGGUGAACGAUCUGCUCUUCAUCGGCCUUGUGGCAGAUAGUCUGACCCAAUGUGCCCACUCGCUGAACUUGCCUGCCAACUGUGCCGCCAACAUCGCGUCGAUCCUGGGGACCAUGAGUCUGAUCGCGCAAUCGGUCAAUCAGAUGGACUACGUUUGCGUGAAUCGGGACAACAUCACGGAAAAGAUUGACCAGAAGAAGGCAAAGAUUACCAAGGCGAAGCAGGACAUCCAGCGAGAUGUGCAGAAAUUCCUCAUCGAUCACGGCUACAACGUCAAAAAUGUGCUGCCACCCAAUCCGGCGGUCGAAAAGAAUCGGGUGUAUCGGUCGAUUGCUGGGUGCUUUGGCUCCAUUGUGCUCACGAGCACCAUGGUCAUGCGUUUGGCUGUGGUGAUUGCAGACACUGUGGUGCACUGCCCCAAGAAGUAUGGCUUGGAACCCAAGGUCUGCGCCCUGGACAUCCUGGGCAUCCUGGGCCUGCUGGGUGCCUCCGUGCGCUUCGGCGCGACCUCUGGCAUCACCUGCCGCGCCAUCGUGGGCGAGGCGUCGCAGACGGCCGCCUGCACCCAGGCGAUCGCGGCGAUGCCCACGGGGGUCUUCAGUGGUGCAGCGGUGCUGGGGAAUGUGAAUGCGGCCUGUGGCAAGGCUCUGGAAAAUUGGGAUCCGGCGAAUUGGCCCAAGAAAGAGUCGGUGGAAGAUGAGGAGGAGGAGCAAGAAGGGGACUUCAUCAUCCCCGAUGCCUAA